GUUUAUGAGGAAUCGAUAGAAAGCCAUAUUUGUAAUGAAAGACAACUAAAACCCAAAUAUAAUUACGGACUAAAUAUAACCGCAAUUAAGGCGACAAUCACUGGCUUUGUGGCCACCGAUGGAUACGUUGGCCACGAAUUUCGCGAUGGCGUUGACCGCCAAAGACAACAUCAUUGAGGAGAAGCUCAAGGAGAUCUCGGAGUUGAAGCAAAUGGUGGAACAGUUGAAGAGAGAGAAGGAGACGGAGAGCAGAGGGAAGAGUGAACUUCAGCUCCGGUUGGACUCAAUCGCUGUCAACGCCACAGACGACCACCUCUUCGCCGAAAACCGCUUCAGUUAUGCCGAAGACAACGUCGACUUCGACGACUACACCACUAUUAGGCGCUCCCGACGCAAGAGACGCCCCAAAAAGUUGAUCGACGCCUCGGUUGCACCGACACGAGCGACACCCUCCACAGCAGAGCCCACACCUAAUGGCCACCGACGGAGGGGUCGGCCGCGACUCCACAAAACCGAAGACACGACCGCCGCAGCCAUUGGGACGGAUCAGCAGCUCGUCGACGGCGCCAACGGGGAGCUCGUGGCCGACGGGAAAGCCAGUGGAGUGUCGGCGGGCGCCGGACAGCCGUUUGUACAGAAACGCAAAUUCCCGCAUCACUGCGAUUGGCCGGGAUGUGAGCGCUCCUUCAGACGACCUGCUUUCUUAAGGAAACACAAACGCGUCCAUACGGGAGAGAAGCCUUUCAAGUGCGAGUGGGAGGGCUGUACGUUCGCCAGCGCCGACGUCUUCUGUCUGCGCACUCAUCAGAUGCGACACACGGGAGAGAAGCCCUACAAAUGCAAAGUGAGUGGUUGUGGAUGGAGUGGACGGCAGCAGACGAGUUACGACAGACACCGGCGCGUCAUCCACGGCCAGCAACGGAUCUUCCAAUGCGAUUGGCCCGGAUGUGACCGUCGCUAUCGAGACAAGCAUUCGCUGAACUAUCACCGGAAGUCACAUACGGGCGAAAAGGAGUUCAUGUGUUCAUAUCCGGGGUGUGGGAAGCGCUUCAUCGGCAGAAGCGAUAUGAAGAAACACGAGAGCACUCACAAUGCGGUCAAACCGUACAAGUGCUCGUGGCCCGGAUGUGGACGCAGUUUCGUACAGAAGCGCUACCUCACACUCCAUAACCUCAAGCACACAGGAGAGCGUCCGUUUCCGUGCGAUUGGCCGGGCUGUGAGUGGCGCUCAUUCACGCCUCACGAACAGGCGAAGCACAAGAAGACACACACCGGAGAGCGCCCGUAUCCCUGCGAGCGCUGCGAACGGCGUUUCGCCGACGAAUCCAAUCUUAAGGUACGGCGCAAAGUGCGGUCAAAGGGUGUGGUAUUAACGGCACACUUGCGGACAGUACACGAGGGCCAGAAGAACCAUCAGUGCGCUUAUCCCGGGUGUGGCAAGAAAUAUACGGUCCGGAGAACGCUUCUCAUACAUCAGAUGAAAGCGCACCCGAGUAUGGCGUCGGGGAUCAUCACCACUGGUCACUCAUUAUCAUCGGCAGCGCCCGUCUCUCUGCUCGAAGUGGACGACGGAUCAGAACAACAGAUUCAGACAAUUAUCGUCACAACCGAUGAAUGAAUAGAUUUUUAAAGUUUUUAUUUGUUUUCUAAUUCUUCGAU